AUGCAGCUCCUUCAGUCUCUUGCUUUCCUUGGAGCGAUUUCCUCCGUGUCCGCUUUGACUAUCUCUAUCUACCCAGCAGAAAGCUGUGAGACAGCAUUGAUGUCAUGGACGACUACCCUGACAGGCUGUGUCAACAUUAAAAUGGGGACUUCUGUGCACUCCAUUGCGGUGACAGAUAUGACUGGCUACGAAGUUUGGACAUAUCCUACUGCCAAUUGCGCUUUUGAUCUGUAUACAAAUGUCGCGACCACCGCUGGUACAUGUACGACCAACGGCGAAAACGAGGCUAUCAAGUCGGUCAAGAUUGUUGCCACUUAG